UAAUUUCAUUCGUCGUGUUAGACACGAGAUCGGUUCUCACGAGUGUUCUCACAUCUGCCGACGAGCGUCUCGGAAUUCCGUGACCGGGUCGCGAUCCGCGCUGGUUCCUUCGGUACGCGGUCGAUCCCCGCCAUGAAAACGAUCGCGCGACCGCGACGAGCCGAGCAGUCAGAGUCAGUACGUGCUGGUCGCUCGGCCGGUUUGGUUCGCGCGUAAAACGUGCAGCGUGACGCGACGCCGGCUACGGGAUCGGCAGCUGCCGCCGCUCUCGCGCGCCCGAGUGUCGGUUGACGUUUCGCCCCGUGAGAAACCCGUUGCCGCGAGUCUGCGCGUGUGUGCGGUCGGUAUGCGGGCAGCCCCGUUGGCUGGCUGGCUGGUUAGUCGGUUGGCUGGUGGCUGGUUGGCUCGGGCAGCGGGCGUCCUCUCACGUGCGUGCACGCGUGCACGCGCAUCAUCCCCGUUCGCGCCACUGUGUUUUCGCCACUGUGUGUGUGUGUGUGGUGUGUGUGCUUAUGCGUGCGUGCGUGCGUGCGUGCGUGUGUGGCUUUGAAAAUUUGAAAAGCGACGUGCGCGAGUGCAGCGAACAGCCGCGCGGCGCAGGUGCCGCGCGGAAAGAAAAAGGAAGGAACAGGCGAGCGAUCGCAUAAAGAUAAGGAUUUUUCUCCCUUUCCACGGUGGAGGAUUCACGUGGCGAAGGAUCUUCCCUCGUCUCUUCUUCGUCGUCGUCGUCGUCGGAGUCGGAAACGUCGGCGAUACAGCCCAGCGGAAUGUGGCACGAGGGGCACCGCCGGCACCAUCUCGGAAGCCAUGCCGGCUGACGAGCUCACGCGUAUCCGACGAGAAGACGGUGAUAGAAAACCGAGCUUGCAGCCGCCUUAACGCACGCACGACCGCGUCAUCGACAUUGUCGAUAAAGAAAGAGAAACAGAGAGGGAGAGGGAGAGAAAGAGAGAGAGGCCCCUCGCGGACCGACCCGAUCAUGCCCUUAGCGAACCCGUUCCGCUGCCCGUUGUCGUCGCAUAGUUUCACGCUGUGAAUGCCCGAUAUGUAAGAGUCGCCGCCGCCGUCUGGUGGAUGCCGUCGCCAUGGUGGAGCAACUGGUGUGCAGCAACUCGCUGAGCCCGGGAACGUAGCGUCCAACCGAGCCUUGGUUCACACAUACCCCCCCCCCCCUCCUUCUAGCUGUAAGGUAUCAAUUGCGGCAAAAACGAACGACAGGUAUCUCCGGCCUGUAAGCCGUUCGCGGCGAAUGACGUGCCUUCACGUAUCUAGGAUUAGGAAGGCACGAGGAAUUUAGGAAGCGAUUUAUUUUGCUACUGAAAGUUUUGAGAGUGACAGAGAUGAGAUUAACUUGACGUUCGAAAUUGACACGCUUCGCGGCGGUCUUGGUGUAACUUGGAAGUUCAAAGAGAAAUUCAAUCAUCGUGCGAAACAUUCACGCAGCGUGACAAAGAGAAACGUGACAUUCUUUAACACAGAGAAUCUAGAUUGAAUAGAAUUGAAGUUAACGUGUGUUGCGUGUUGGUGUGACUUGAAAGCUUGACAAAUAGUUCGUUUCGUCGUGAGGCACUCUCAGCGUGACGGAGAAAGAAGCGACGUCCUCCAACAUGACGAAUCUAGUCUGAGGAAGGUCGUAGUUUAACGUUUUACGUGUUAUGACACGGUGGAUUCGGUGCAACUCGAUAUCUUCUUCCGUCACGAGGUCGCCAUGUAAGGAUUACCGCAUCAGGAGGAAAGAGAAGAGGCCUCAUUCUUCGCGUGACACCAGCGUGUCGAGUAAUGCUGAAGCACAUCCUGACGGGGCAGCCGUCGUCAACGGGCUCCAGACAUCACCAUAAUGAUUAUCAGACGAGCUCGGGCUCGUUGCACGGCGGACAUCAUCAUCACUUACACAACAAUUCGCUGCACCAGGAUCAGCAGCAGCAGCAACAACCGCAGUCACAACAGCAGCAGCAGCAACAACAGCAACAUCCUCAUCAUCACUACACCGGAAGCACCGGGACGCGCAGCGGUAUCACUGGUCAUCGCGGCGGUAACAACGGCGGAGUCGACGUCUAUGAUUCCGUGGUGCAGAGACCGACGGCGACGACGGUGUCGAACGCGCACCAAUCGGCGACGACCCCAUCGUCGACGCAUCGCCAUCCGCUGAACCAUUCACAAUUGAGCGUCAACAAUCUGUCGCAACGACUGAAUCAUUCACACGCGCUCAACGUGUCGACUCUGUCGACUUCCAAGCACUCGGUCAACAGCGUUAGUCCGGUCAACGGCAACAACGGUGGCAGUAACAAUAAUAAUAACAAUCACAACGUCUCGGCAAGUCAAUUGGGUCACACCGUGAUCUCGCAGACGAGCCUUUCGCAUCAGGACAGGCCAAAGGCGAACGGCGGCUUUGACAUUUCCAGGCUGUCGCGACUGCCAAGUCAGACCACGCCAUCACCCGCGCCUGCCGUGUCUGCGCUUCCCGUCGUGGCCAAUCAAAUGACCGGUGCGCCGACGGUAAUACCUCUAAACGCUUCUUGGUCCUCAUCCUUAUCCAGGAAUCUUCAUCGAAGCGACGAGGCUGGCGUGAAGGAGAUGCUGACGAGUCUCGGACUGUUGUGUCUAGUGUCCCUACUUCUAGCUUUGCUCUCGGUCAUCUUCCUAUUGAAGAUCUCGCCUCUUACGGUCACAUCCAACAGCCUCAUCAGCCCGGAAGAAUUUGUGAUCGUUUACGAGGUCACCCUAGCGUUAUGCGCCCUCGCCCUGUCUCUCAAUCUUUGUUGCCUGCUGGUCUGCGCCAUACAGUUCCUCUUCGCGGUGAAGCUCGUUAAGACAUCGUACCAGGGUCACCGAAGUAACAAGUACCUGCAAAAAUCGUCCAUCAGCCGCGUGUGCGCCGUCGGAGGUUUUUUCAUUAGCAUCCCCGUCUUCUUAACUGGUAUGAUCCUGUACACGUUCAUCCAGUUCCAUUCGACGCCGGCGAUCGUCACGUCGGUUUUCAUCGGCCUCGGCAUCGUGUUUUGCGGAUGCGCCAUGGUCCACAACGUCUUCGUAUGGCAGAAAGAGAAGACGAAUGCGGUGAAGGCGUUCGCCCGCGAGCAAUGCGAGGUCGCGGCGCAGCUGCAGCGUCAACAGCAACAGUUGCAACUGCAGCACCAGCAGCAACCGCAUCAGCAGGCACACUCGCAGCAUCAACAACAUCAGCAUCACAACCAGCAGCAGCAGCAGCACCACCACCACCAUCAUCAUCAUCAGCAGCAGCUGCAGCUGCGACCGAUGUUGCAUAUGGGCUCGAAAAUCGGUGGCAGCGGUGGCGGUGGUCCGAUAGGCCAUUCGACCGCCAGUCUGGCCCAACUUGGUCGCGUGAGCCCUGGCCUGCCAGCAGCCACGCUCGACCUGAGUAGCGCCGCCACCACCAACAGUCCACACGAGUUGUCAACUCUCGUUUAGAAACCUUGAGGGGAUGACCAAGGAACGGGGUUUCUAGGAUCCAAGAAAUCUAUUCAAAGACUGAUUUCUUGAUCUAAUGAAGAGAUUUGAUUUAUAAAGAAAACUAUCUCCCAGAUUGUCUUAAUAAUCGACAUUUAUAAGGGAUAGAUCUGAAAAUUGUUUGAAAAUCAAUAUUUCUCUAUGGUUGUUCUCUAAAAAAGGGACCAAAAAUUGUUAAGUCUAUCGCUACUCGAUUCACCGUUGUUAUUAUUGCAUCGUUCUAACGUUAUCGACAUGUUAUCGCGUUAUUAGUGUCGUCAUCAUUGCGAUCAUUAAUAUAAUUAAUAGUUAUUAUUUAUUCCGAUAACAUACAAUAUUUCUAGAUAUUCGACAAGGUCGAUAAGAAGUUAUCUAUCUCACGUCAUUUUGUUAAUUAUAGAAAUUAUUCAAGAUAUUCAAAAAUAAUGUGUUAACUGCUCUUAUCAUCAAUUUGGAGAUGAUGACUUUAAAAAUGUUGGAAUUUUGUUAAAAUUUACUGAGUGAUUCAUCCGCAUUUAUCUGCUAUAUUAUUUCGGCAAUUAUCGACGACCUUGAAAUCCAUACUCUCAAAAUGACUUUAUAACCAUCAAACCAUUUAUUAUUCGAGUUACGAGUCUUUUUAUUUUUCUUUCGAACUCUCUUUGAUACGUAGUUUUCUUAUAUUUGAAUUGUCUCGAUCCUGCUAGUAUUGUAGCUAACACGAUUUAAAGACUAGUCGAUAGCGUUAGUUCACGUUGGCCUUGACGGAUCAUUUUUAUUUUCUGCAAAUUGGUACCAAUUUUUCAAUUUUUUCGGGCAAGUUUCG